UAACACUCGACAACUUGACGCGGAAGAAUGGUAGUUAUCCUCAACGCUGUCUGAAGUAUCGCCGAGAAAAGUAAUAAAACAUCUUAAACGAUCCAGUUUCACAUGUAAUAGUUUGUAUGAUUUAUUUGAUUUGGGCGUAACGGCGGUGACACGCGGCUUUUUACUUUCCCGUUCCUUAUAGCCAGCUCCCAUGUCUAACAACAAUUUACAGAAAGCCAUAGAUCUGGCAAGCAAGGCUGCAGAGGAGGACAAAGCACAGAACUACGAAGAGGCGCUCCGCCUCUACCAGCAUGCUGUGCAGUACUUCCUUCACGUGGUCAAGUAUGAAGCUCAGGGCGAGAAGUCCAAGCAGAGCAUCCGGGCGAAGUGUGCCGAGUACCUGGACCGGGCGGAGAAGCUGAAGGAGUACCUGAAGAAGAAGGAGAAGGCUCCGCCCGCCAAGCCCGUGAAGGAGAACCAAUCAGACGACAAAGGAAAUGACAGCGAUGAAGGAGAUGACCCGGAGAAGAAGAAGUUCCAGAACCAGCUGGAGGGGGCCAUCGUCAUGGAGAAGCCGAAUGUCAAGUGGAGCGACGUGGCAGGGCUGGAGGGUGCAAAGGAGGCGCUGAAAGAGGCGGUCAUUCUGCCCAUCAAAUUCCCUCACCUGUUCACAGGGAAGAGGACGCCGUGGAGGGGAAUCCUGCUUUUUGGGCCUCCCGGAACGGGGAAGUCCUACCUGGCCAAGGCCGUGGCCACCGAGGCCAACAACUCCACCUUCUUCUCCAUCUCGUCCUCCGACCUGGUGUCCAAGUGGCUGGGGGAGAGUGAGAAGCUGGUGAAGAACCUGUUCAGCCUGGCGCGGGAGCACAAGCCCUCCAUCAUCUUCAUCGACGAGAUCGACUCGCUGUGCGGCUCGCGGAGCGAGAACGAGAGCGAGGCGGCCCGCCGGAUCAAGACCGAGUUCCUGGUUCAGAUGCAGGGCGUGGGCAACGACAACGAGGGAAUCCUGGUGCUGGGAGCCACCAACAUCCCCUGGACCCUGGACUCGGCCAUCCGGAGGAGGUUCGAGAAGCGCAUCUACAUCCCCCUCCCUGAGGAGCACGCCCGCUCCUUCAUGUUCAAGCUGCACCUGGGCUCCACCCCCAACGACCUGACGGAGGCGGACUUCGCCACUCUGGGGAAGAAGACCGAGGGCUACUCGGGGGCCGACAUCAGCAUCAUCGUGCGGGACGCCCUGAUGCAGCCUGUCAGGAUGGUCCAGUCCGCCACCCACUUCAAACGGGUCCGAGGGUCGGUGUGGAACCAACCCGACGUGGUGGUGGAUGACCUGUGGACCCCGUGUUCCCCGGGAGACCCGAACGCCGUGGAGAUGACGUGGGUGGACAUCGAGGACAAUAAGCUGCAGGAGCCGGUGGUCGCCAUGACGCAUAUGCUGAAGUCACUGACCAGCACCAAGCCGACGGUCAACGAGCAGGAUCUGGAGAAACUGAAGAAGUUCACGGAGGACUUCGGCCAGGAGGGCUAACGCAUACCUCAGUCAAACCAAAGCUGACCCGUGCAGCUGACCUGUACUCUGUCUCCUCUCUCUUUCUUUCUCCUUCUGUUUCGUCUCUUGGCUUUAAGUGCCAUCACUUUUGGAGGCAGUGAGACAUUACACCUGACUGCUCCACAUAGCUAGUCAGGGUUCCAUCAGGGCAUCAGGAUCCUGUGUUCUGUAUGCACUUUAAUUGCCCAUAAUUCCCCACAAAAAUAUACAUACAUCAUACAGUUCUUUUUUUUAAUAUAUGUCUAAGAUUAUGUUUAUUUACUAUAUUUUUUUUAAAUGUCUGCUUUAAAACACUAAAGUGUCAUUGGUUUUUGACAGAAUCGGACUAACAGUGUGUGCUAUUGUUCUUUAUAGAAGCUGUCUGAAGCACUCCAUACAUGAAGUUUGUGUAAUCUCUGGGGAGGUGGGC